AUGUCAGAGAGGCUCAUCAUAUUUUCCCCCCUCUUCUAUAUUUGGAGCUUAUUUAUUGCUAAGAAGCUCAGGCUCCUGGAGUCAAUUUAUCAGAGGCUCCAAAGAGAAGAGAGGAGAGGAGAGGAGAGAGGCAAGGCGAGCAGGGAGCCACAUCUCCUGGAAGCGCUGCUCUCUAGAGUCGGGGCUGCAGGUCACAGCGGAGUGAAUCAGCUCGGUGGUGUCUUUGUCAACGGGCGGCCACUGCCGGACUCCACCCGGCAGAAGAUCGUAGAGCUAGCGCACAGCGGGGCCCGGCCGUGCGACAUUUCCCGAAUUCUGCAGACCCAUGCAGAUGCAAAAGUCCAAGUGCUGGACAAUCAAAACGUGUCCAACGGAUGUGUGAGUAAAAUUCUGGGCAGGUAUUACGAGACUGGCUCCAUCAGACCCAGGGCAAUCGGUGGUAGUAAACCGAGAGUAGCGACUCCAGAAGUUGUAAGCAAAAUAGCCCAGUAUAAGCGGGAGUGUCCGUCCAUCUUUGCUUGGGAAAUCCGAGACAGAUUACUGUCCGAGGGGGUCUGUACCAACGAUAAUAUACCAAGUGUGUCAUCAAUAAACAGAGUUCUUCGCAACCUGGCUAGCGAAAAGCAACAGAUGGGUGCAGACGGCAUGUAUGACAAACUAAGGAUGUUGAACGGGCAGACCGGAAGCUGGGGCACCCGCCCGGGUUGGUAUCCGGGGACUUCAGUGCCAGGGCAACCUACCCAAGAUGGCUGCCAACAACAGGAAGGAGGGGGAGAGAAUACCAACUCCAUCAGUUCCAACGGAGAAGAUUCCGAUGAGGCCCAAAUGCGACUUCAGCUGAAGCGGAAGCUGCAAAGAAAUAGAACAUCCUUUACCCAAGAGCAAAUCGAAGCCCUGGAGAAAGAGUUUGAGAGAACCCACUACCCAGAUGUGUUUGCCCGAGAAAGACUAGCGGCCAAAAUAGACCUACCUGAAGCAAGAAUACAGGUAUGGUUUUCUAAUCGAAGGGCCAAGUGGAGAAGAGAAGAAAAACUGAGGAAUCAGAGGAGACAGGCCAGCAACACACCUAGUCAUAUUCCUAUCAGCAGUAGUUUCAGCACCAGUGUCUACCAACCAAUCCCACAACCCACCACGCCUGUUUCCUCCUUCACCUCUGGCUCCAUGUUGGGCCGAACAGACACAGCCCUCACCAACACGUACAGCGCUCUGCCACCCAUGCCCAGCUUCACCAUGGCGAACAACCUGCCUAUGCAACCCCCAGUCCCCAGCCAGACCUCCUCGUACUCCUGCAUGCUGCCAACCAGCCCUUCGGUGAACGGGCGGAGUUACGACACCUACACCCCCCCACAUAUGCAGACACACAUGAACAGUCAGCCAAUGGGCACCUCGGGCACCACUUCCACAGGACUCAUUUCCCCUGGCGUGUCAGUUCCAGUUCAAGUUCCUGGAAGUGAACCUGAUAUGUCUCAAUACUGGCCAAGAUUACAGUAAAAAAAAAAAAAAAAGAAAAAAAAAAAGAAAAGAAAAGAAAAAAAGAGAGAGUGAGAGAGAUAGAAAGAGAGAAAGAAUAUAUUGUGUUAAUUCAUUCAGUGACUAAGUGGACGCCACAGCUGGGCAUUCAGGAGGGAGAGGCAAUGGCCGUUCGAUGCACUUCGGGUCUGCGACUGUGUCCCGUGUUGCACCGCUGGGGGACGGACUUGAAACAAGGACCUUUGUAUACGGAAGGCACGAUAUCGGUUGGAACAAAUCUUCAUUUUGGUAUCCAAACUUUUAUUCAUUUUGGUGUAUUAUUUGUAAAUGGGCAUUUGUAUGUUAUAAAGAAAAGAACAAUGUAGACUGGAUGGAUGUCUGAUCUCUGUUGGUCAUGAAGUUGUUUUUUAAAAAAGGAAACCAUGAUCAACAAGCUUCGCCAUGAAUUUAAGAGUUUUAUCGAGAAAUACCGAGUACUCCUACCCAUCUGUUCAUAGUUUAUGGACUGAAUGAGGUUCCAAGUUUGUAUCGUUCCUUUGCAUAUAAUUAAACCUGGAACAACAUGCACUAGAUUUAUGUAAGAAAUAUCUGUUGGUUUUCCAAAGGUUGUUAACAGAUGAAGUUUAUGUGCAAAAAAGGGUAAGAUAUAAAUUGAAGGAAGAAAAACGUUGAUAGCUAAAAGGUAGAGUGUGUCUUCGAUAUAAUCCAAUUUGUUUUAUGUCAAAAUGUAAGUAUUUGUCUUCCCUAGAAAUCCGCAGAAUGAUUUCUAUAAUAAAGUUAAUUUCAUUUAUAUUUGACAAGAAUACUCUAUAGAUGUUUUAUACACAUUUUCAUGCAAUCAUUACAUUUCUUUUUUGGCCAGCAAAAGUUAAUUGUUCUUAGAUAUAGUUGUAUUACUGUUCACAGUCCAAUCAUUUUGUGCAUCUAGAAUUCAUUUCUAAUCAAUUAAAAGUGCUUGCAAGAGUUUUAAACUUAAGUGUUUUGAAGUUGUUCACAACUACAUAUCAAAAUUAACCAUUGUUGAUUGUAAAAACCAUGCCAAAGCCUUUGUAUUUCCUUUAUUAUACUAUUUUCUUUUAAACCUUA